AUGGCUUCUAACUCCAAGGGUGACAUGGCCAAGAUCUCCUCCAUCUCCCCUAUUUCCUCCUCCUCCUUUUCCUACGGUGAUCCCUGCCAUGAUCUAUAUUUCCACGUGACAUCACCAGACCACCGCCCUGAUUGGUGUUUCCAUGUGACACCACCAGAGUUAUCCUAUGAAGAAACCAAGGAGACGCUACAGAAGAAGCAUGCCUCCCUUAACUAUCUGAAGCAACUGCUGCCGGUGGCCUGGUCUCACAAUCCCCUAACCACCCUCAAGCUCAUCUUCAAUCUCAAUUCUAUCUCUGCUCCUGAAGGAAAAUGUUAUCCGGAGGCCUUCUCCACGGCCGCAUUGUGGGUCCACCACAACCACCCCAAGACGCUAUUAUACAACCUCCCCUCCUUUACCGGCUCCGGCAAUUUCGCUUCUAUGUGGGACCUUGUCGAGAUUCUCUACGGCCUUCUUCUACAACAAGGCCAAGACGCUGAUGCUGCCUCGCAGAGGCUCCACUGUGACCCGCACUAUAAGUUGUUACACGACCGGGUUAUGGAUUUCUUUGCGGAGCAGUUGAAGUCUGACAUCUGCAAAUUUAAGCAGCACAAGCUGCGGAUGGAAUUGGACCCGUCAUCUGAAGAUGAUGAUAAAGAAGAUGGUACUAGUCUUUUUGUUACCAGGGCUGCAGCCUGUUGCACUCCCAACAGCCCGGAAGGAGACCAAGCCACCCGCGCCAUUUUGCUCCUUGGGAGGAGGCUUUUCCCGCCAGAAUCAGAUCAAUCAGAAGAAUGGGAACGGCUUAGGAAGGAGUUUUUGGAGCCCUUGAGCGAGUAUGAGCGACUCUUGUAUUUCAUUCGAGAGCGCUCUCGCCACUCUGUCUGUGUGCUUAAGAAGUAUUUGGAGGAGGUGAAAGCAGGCAGCAGCAGCAUAAAGCCGGAUGCAUUGCUUCCAAAUGAUAUCAUAAGAUAUGUAAAGGAUAAGAAUGUCGGCGAAGCAGCUGAGCUUCAGUGGAAGGCAAUGCUGGAGGACAUGUACCUAAAGCAGCAAGAGGGUUUGGGCAAAUUUAAAAACUGCUUGGCAGUGUGUAACAUCACCACCAAUUUCAUGGGCGAACGAGUCAUAGAAUUGGCGGCGAGCUUGGGCAUUUUGGUGUGUGAACUUAGUGAAGAGCCAGCAUGGAAACGCAAGGUGAUGGGUCUCGGUCCAUUACCCGAUCAGCUGCCGCAGCUGCAUUCGAUACAAGGCGGUGAUCUCAAGUCCAAGUGCGAGUUUGUGAUGAGGACAUGCAGCAAGAACUACAGCGAGGGUGUUGAUUUUCAGAUGGUGUGUGAUUUGCUUCUGGAAGUGGCUGUGAAUGAGAACUUGAAGGCAGAGCAAAUGAUCAAGAAGGUGUUUGUGUUCACUGACAACGUAAGAUUUGGUGGCUGCACCUCAUCUUGGAAGGUUCUGUAUGAUGAAACACAGAGCAAGUUUAAGCAGCAAGGGUACGCGAUGCCACACAUUUUGCUUUGGAAUAUUUGCGACUUAGGGGGCCGGAUGCCCCGUAUAGAAGAACCUCAUCCAGGGGUGACGCUGUUGUGUGGCACUUCCAACGCAUUGAUUAAGUCUUUCUUGGACAAUGGUGGAGAAAUUGGCCGGCGCCAUCUCAUGGAAGCAGCCAUAUCUGGCAAAGAGUAUCAAAAUCUUUUUGUGGUCGACUGA